AUGAACCCUGCAGUGGCCCAUCAGCGACAUUCGACUACGCCGCGAGCGUCAUCACCAUCUGCCCGUGACCAUCUGGAUGAUGCCACCCGACCUCCUUUCUACCCUGAAGCUAGACCAUUAGAUCCUGACCAACCGGUAAAGAUUAUCAUCGUUGGUGCCGGCCUUGCGGGUAUUAUCACGGCAAUCUUGCUGUCUUACAAGGUCCGAAACUUGUCAUAUGUGAUUUACGACAAAAACACAAAGCUUGGCGGGACCUGGGCUGAGAAUGUUUAUCCUGGUGUUCGAUGUGACGUGCCGUCUCACUGUUAUCAGACGACGUUUGCUCCAAACCAUCACUGGUCGGAAUAUUACUCUAGGGGCCAUGAAAUCCGUGAAUACUAUGAGAGCAUAGUUAACAAGUACAAUGUACGCUCGCAUAUCCAGUUUCGAAAAGAGGUCAUCAGAGCAACAUGGAUACCAAAUCUGGCCAAUUGGGAAAUUCAAGUCAAGAACAUGGACACCGGUGUAAUAACAACAGAUACCGCCCCAUUCUUCAUCAACGCCCAAGGUCGACUCAGCAAGCCUCAAAUGCCGGACAUCCCUGGUCUCAUGACCGAAUAUAAGGGCCCUGUCCUACACACUGCAGUGUGGGAUGUCAACUACGACUUGACAGGCAAACGUGUCGCCGUGAUUGGCAACGGAGCAAGUGGGCAACAAAUUGUCCCGAACAUCCUCCCAAAAGUUGCCCACCUCGAUCACUACGUGAGAUCGAAAGUCUGGGUGACUCCGAGCCUCCAGAAAAACACGGUCCAGGCUGAAGCCGGUAAUCCUGGUGGUUACCAGUACACGAAAGAGGACAUAAGAAAGUUCAACAAUGAUCCUGAGGAGUAUGUGGCGUAUCGACGCACUAUCGAGAAGAAUCUUCACGAACGAUUCCAGCGGACAAUCCUGGGCAGCGAGGACAACGAGGAGCUUCGAGAAGCAUGCAUCAAGACUAUGUCUCGCCAGCUGAACGGUAGCAAAGAAUGGCUUGACAGGCUUUUACCCGACUUUGCACCCGGUUGCAAGCGGCUGACUCCCGCUCCUGGAUAUCUGGAGGCACUACAGGAUGAAAAGGUCACCUUCGUACAGGACAGAAUCGAUCGUGUUACGGCCAAAGGAAUCGUGACAUCCGAUGGACAGGAGCGUGUGGUCGACUUGAUCAUCGCUGCGACGGGGUUUUCAAACGGUUUUGUUCCCUAUUUUCCAACGGUUGGCCGAAACGGCGUAGACAUCAGCAAAGAUUGGGCAAAUGGAGGAGCGGUAGGCUAUCCGGAGACAUACUUUGGGAUCAUGGCCCCCGACAUGCCCAACUACUUCUUCAUUCUCCAGGCGCAAAGUAAUGGUGGAGGUGGAUCCAUCCCGCUGCAAUGCGAGAUAUCAGCUACAUACAUUGCCAAGGUUAUCCGUAAACUCCAGCUCCAAUCAUAUCGCUCCAUCACGCCUUCAAGGGAGGCCGUGGAGGAUUUCAAUGACCUUUGUUUGGGGUACUUUCAGGACAAAGUCGUCAGCGACACUUGCAGCUCGUGGUUGAAGUCUUCAGGACCGAAGCCUCGAACUCUGGUUUGGUGGCCAGGAUCCGGACAUCAUCGGAUCAUGAUUUGUCGUGAGCCGCGAUGGGAAGACUUUGAUUAUGAUCGAUCAGGAGAUGCAAAAAAGAAUAGAUAUGCCUACUUUGGCAGUGGCUGGACGGAGCGGGAAAGGAUCGGAGGUGUUGAGAAGCUGACAUCUUACCUCAAGGCCGAGGACAAGGUGGACCUUGAACUGCUACACGAAUAUUGGAACAAGUAA